AUGGAUCUCUCCGGGAAGAAUCCUUCGGCGACAAGUGCAACAUCCCCCAUCGGAUACUUCACUCACAACCCAAACACCCCUGCUCUUCCUGCCGCAAUACUACCCAGCCGUUUGGCUGGCGUAGCAAGCACCGAAAGUUCUCAGCACUACGCCCCUUCGGAAAGGACUGCAGCAGCGAUGUUGAUGGCGGCGCAUUCCCUGCUCAAAACGGGGGAGACCGUCAUGAGCGCGGUGCCGCUGCAAGAGAUGCUGCUAGUUGGUCAGCAGCUGCAGCAGUCUGGAUUUUUUCGCAGUCGAGGAGUUCAAUACUUCGGCCUUAGGGCCCCUCUCUUCGUGGGAAACAAGAGAAACUUGCCGCCUCCCCCUGGCGCGGGGAGACCCUCCGUCAUCUGCGCCUCGGAGGGAAUGACUUGCUGUGUACCGGAGACAGCAGUUUCCCACUGGCGCGAGCAACUCCCCUAUUUGAACAACCACAGCAAUGAUCGACCUUGCAAGGCACAUUUCGUGUCUGUCAAGAAUGCCUUGUGCGCGUCCACGAGUUAUCCGCGGGCUAAAGGCGGCGCAUCGGGAGAGCAGCGGAUCAACUUCCGAGACAGCCAGUUGUGCGGGAUGGGCAUUGUAGAAACGAACAGUUUUUGGGUGUACAGACACCUCCUUGUCAUCCCUGACAAUACCAUGAACGAUGCGGUCUGCGAAUGCAAAGAGCCGAAAACUGCGAAUGAAGAGGUGCGCGCAUUCCACAUUGGAGGCUUACCCUGCCCAAGAAAGCUGACUGCAUGCAUGAAAAUUCGAGAUAUUCGUAAUCCGACAGCGUGCGGGGUGGCGUGGUAA